ACGCGUCGCGCUAAGGUAUUCCGCGGCACGGUCGAGACGCCGUGACGGUCGCGUAAAGGACGAAGCGCCGCCACUGUGUUCCCCGCCAAAUGCACCCGCACUCUUCAAGUGACUCAUACCCAAUGCCUGUACUGAGAUACAACGCGACACCAGUCUGCGAACAACCUUCUGGCCGCUAGCAUCUACCUCUCACCGCUCUCUGUGUUCGACUCCGCUACGACGAGGACUUAGAAGGUACCAUGUUAUGACGCCAAAACUGCAAAAAUCUGCUGCAGCCGAAGUUCACUCGCUAGCCGUUGCCGGACGCUCCAGAUGUCCGAGACGCAACGCGGAGCCAACAUGCGCCAAGACAUGCGCAACCAUGAGCAUUUCGAAUCUUUCGACCCAACGGGUGGACGGAAAUGGUCCAUCUACUGCCAGCGUUUCGUCGCGCACUGCGCCACCAAGAACCUGACCAAGGACGCGGAGAUGAAGGCGGAGUUCAUCGCGAGCUGCAGCGACUACAUGAUCGAGUGGACGGAACGCCAGUGCUGGAUGAAGCUAGCAAACACUAGCCUCACGUUUGCCGACAUCAAGGAGGCCAUCGAGAACCACGGCAAGCCCAGGUGGGAGAUUCGAGCGGCAUCAAAGUUCCAUGGUAGAAACCAGCAGCGGAAGGAAUCUGUCCAUGAUUUUGUUUCGGCAUUGCGUUCCCUGGCGCGAGAAUGCAAUUUCGGUGCGGCCCACGACCGCAUGCUGAGGGACCGCAUCGUGUUGGGCAUACGGUGCGAUCGCACUAGGGAAUUGCUGUUCAACUUGCCGAAAGAUCAAUGCACUGUGGAAAAUGUGGUCACCAUUGCCUACAACACAGAGAGAGUGAAGUGCCAGGAAUGGGGAGGCUUUGGUUUUGCUUCGGUGUGUUCUUUUUGUUGGAGUGUGGGCACAGUUUUCUACGAUUUUAUAUAUUUUUGUAUCAUUUUAAUUGGUUGGUCUAUUUUUAUACUUUUGGUAAUUUUAUUUGGUAUUCCGUACGCUCUCCUGAUAGAAUUAGGCAUUCUCGGGUGAAAUGAGUGGCAAAAACAUGCAGUUAGCAGACGGACCCGCGUGGCUCCAGCCUGACGAUUCAUAUGGAAGGAUUGUAAUGUCAUGUCCUGUGUCUUGCCGACGCUCAUUCGCAGAGGUGCGCCUCGAGCGGCCCCUGUACCCCUCCAUGUACUACAACUAGUCUAAAAUAAACGCCCAUGAACCGCUGA